CUUCUGUUAUCUGAGCGGGAAUCCCCUUUUGCAAACCAAUAAAAAUACACGUUUUGGGUGGGUUUUUUUUGUUGUUUUAAACCACUGCAAGGACGGAGAGACUGCGACACCUCAAACUUCAAAUUUUCGCGUAUUGCUUACAGUGCAGAAGAAGCCCGGCUAAGCCCCACAGUCAUCCAAGAGAGAAAGCAGCAGCCAUGCUUGAUGACGCCAACAACAAGAGCCAGCUGUGCCCGAUCCUGCUGAACAUGAUCAAGCCGCAGAACACAACGGAGAGGGGCAUCGACUACACGUCCGUCUCAAUCCUGAGCCUGGCCUCGGCCAUGGGCAUCCUGGAGAACGGGCUCAUCCUCUGGGUGGUGGGCUUCCAGAUGCACCGGACCGUCGUCUCCGUGUGGAUCCUCAACCUGGCGCUGUCCGACUUCCUGGCCACCACCACCCUGCCCUUCUUCGCCCACUACGUGGCAUCGGGCCGCACGUGGCUCCUGGGGCACGCCUUCUGCAAGGUGCAGUCCACGGUCUUCUUCGUCAAUAUGUUCAUGAGCGCCUUCCUGCUGGCCGCCAUCAGCGUGGACCGCUGCCUCCUGGUCCUCUUCCCGGUGUGGGCCCAGAACCGCCGGAGCGUGGCCCUGGCUUAUCAGGUGAGCCUGGGGGCCUGGCUCCUGGCCCUGGCCAACGCCUUGCCGUACACGGUCUACCGCACCGUGAUCAGGACCCAGGACGGCCGGCUGCUGUGCUAUCACGACUUUACCCUGUACUCCCAGGUGUCUCCUCUUGGGAUUGCAGACCUCUGCAGGUUCAGGCAAGGGCUGUCGGCAGCCUCCAAGCUUCUGUUGGCUUUUCUCAUCCCCUUACUGAUCAUCAGCGGGAGCCACAUCGCCGUGGCCCUGAGACUGAGGAAGAGGCGAGGAGGAGGCAGUGGCAGGCAGUCCGGGAGGCUCCUGAAGCUGGUGGUGGCCGUGGUGGUGGCAUUCCUCUGCUGCUGGUCACCCUACCACGUGAUGUGUGUGAUGGAGGCGAUCAGCCACGAUCAGCCGCGUUUCCAGGGCUUGGUGCAGAAGGGCCUCCCGCUGGCCACCAGCUUCUCCUUCCUCAACUGCGUCCUGAACCCUUUCCUGUAUGUCUUCAGCUGCCCCAAUUUCUCCAAGAGGAUCAGGCAGUCGCUGAGAUCGGUCCUGGAAGGGGCGUUGAUGGAGGACACCGAGGUCUUCUCCCGUCGGGGGACCCCACACAGCCUCACCUCUUCCCUGUCCACCAGGAUAGCCUUGUCCACCUACACCUUCCAGCAAUACAAUGAGUCCAAGGAGAACUCACCUUCCGUAGAGUCUUAGUAAAAGGCAGUCCAGCAGUUAAAGAAAAGGGGUCUUGACACCAGGAGUUUCAAAUCACCCGGCUCACACUGACUCACUGUGUGUGUGUGAGAGACCCUGAGCGAGUCACUGAACCUCCUUGUGCUCCAUCCUUCGGACGA